AUCCGCGCCUGCCCUGCCCGCGGGUUGAGGCCCCCGGCGGAGACCCCGACCCGCGCCUGCCCUGCCCGCGGGUCCUGCCCCCGGGGGCCUCCGCUGCGCCUGCUCUUGAGUUGGAUCCGGCUCUGCUGUCCCUGCCGCACGGGAGCCCCCAGCCCGACGCGGGUCUCCCUAUUCAGCGCUGCCCUCGCGCCUUCCCGUCCGCCUCGGUCCUGACCUGGCCCGCCGGGUGUCGCUGCAUUUCGGCCGGGCGGGAAGGCCUGUCGUUGCUGACCCUGGCGCGCCGGGCUUCGGCGACCGCGGGGAAGAAGCUGUGCUGACCGUCCUCCCUAGGGGCUGGACUGCCAAGGGUAGCUGGUGCCCUUCUGCACGUCAGUGGGCCAAGGGCCAUGUCAGUUUUCUGCCACCUGCAGGAUACACCAUGAAGCUGAAGGAACUUGAGCGGCCCGCUGUCCAGGUGUGGAGCCCAGCCAGCCAGUACCCUUUGUAUCUGGCCACAGGAACAUCUGCCCAACAGCUAGAUUCCUCCUUCAGCACAAAUGGCACAUUGGAAAUAUUUGAGGUUGAUUUCAGGGACCCUUCUCUGGACUUGAAACGUAAAGGAGUCCUUUCUGCCUCGAGCAGGUUUCACAAGCUGAUCUGGGGGAGCUUUGGCAGUGGGCUUCUGGAAGGCUCCGGGGUUAUUGCUGGCGGCGGGGACAAUGGCAUGCUUAUGCUAUACAAUGUGACCCACAUCCUGUCUUCGGGGAAGGAGCCUGUGAUUGCCCAGAAACAGAAGCACACGGGGGCUGUCAGAGCCCUCGACUUUAACCCUUUCCAGGGCAACCUCCUGGCUUCAGGAGCCAGCAAUUCUGAAAUCUUCAUUUGGGAUUUGAAUCACUUGAGUGUACCAGUGACCCUGGGAUCCAAGUCACAGUAUCACGAGCAGCCCCCGGAGGACAUCAAGGCAUUGUCUUGGAACCGCCAAGCCCAACACAUUCUGUCUUCUGCUCACCCCAGCGGCAAGGUGGUUGUGUGGGAUCUCAGGAAGAAUGAGCCUAUCAUCAAAGUCAGUGAUCACAGCAACAGGAUGCACUGCUCAGGCCUGGCCUGGCAUCCUGACAUAGCCACCCAGUUAGUGCUGUGCUCAGAGGAUGAUCGUCUCCCUGUGAUUCAGCUGUGGGACUUGCGCUUUGCCUCCUUGCCUCUGAAGGUGCUGGAGGGCCACAGCAGGGGAAUCUUGUCAGUGUCGUGGAGCCAGGCUGAUGCUGAACUGCUGCUCAGCAGUGCGAAGGACAGCCAGAUCUUGUGCUGGAACCUGGGGAGCAGUGAGGUAGUAUAUAAGCUACCCACACAGAGCAGCUGGUGCUUUGAUGUGCAGUGGUGCCUUCGGGACCCUUCAGUGUUCUCUGCUGCCUCCUUCGACGGUUGGAUCAGUUUGUACUCUGUGAUGGGUAGGAGCUGGGAAGUCCAGCACAUGAGACAGGCUGACAAGAUCUCCUCUUCCUUCAGCAAAGGCCAGCCUCUCCCACCACUGCAGGUGCCAGAGCAAGUGGCACAAGCAUCAUUGAUACCUCCCCUGAAAAAACCCCCCAAGUGGAUUAGAAGACCAACAGGUGUUUCAUUUGCUUUUGGAGGGAAGCUGGUUACUUUUGGCCUCCCCAGCACCCCUGCGCAUCUCGUGUCACAGCCUUGCCCCCGCCUAGUCGUCAUCCAUCAAGUCACCACAGAAUCUGAAUUCCUGAUUCGAUCAACUGAGCUGCAGGAGGCCCUGGGAUCGGGAAAUCUACUGACUUACUGUGAGAACAAGAGCCAGCAAGCUUUACUGCAAAGCGAAAAGAUGCUGUGGCAGUUCCUGAAGGUGACCUUAGAGCAAGACUCCAGAAUGAAAUUCCUAAAGCUUUUAGGAUACAGUAAAGAUGAGCUUCAGAAGAAGGUUGCCACAUGGUUGAAGAGUGAUGUGGGGCUAGGUCAGAGUCCUCAGCCCAAGGGAAAUGACCUCAGCAGUGACAGACAACAGGGCUUCUGCAGCCAGGCCUCCAAACACACCACAGAGGAAGCCUCUGCUUCCUCAGCCUUCUUUGAUGAGCUGGUCCCUCAGAACAUGACUCCUUGGGAGAUCCCCAUCACAAAAGAUGUUGAUGGACUCCUAAGCCAGGCCCUUCUGCUUGGGGAGCUGGGCCCGGCUGUGGAGCUGUGUCUGAAGGAAGAACGCUUUGCUGAUGCCAUUAUCCUGGCCCAGGCCGGGGGUACAGACCUGCUGAAACAAACACAGGCGCGCUACUUGGCCAAGAAGAAAACCAAAAUCUCCUCGCUUCUAGCCUGUGUUGUGCAGAAGAAUUGGAAGGAUGUGGUGUGUACCUGUAGCCUGAAGAACUGGAGAGAGGCACUGGCCUUGCUACUGACGUACUCAGGCCCAGAGAAAUUCCCUGAGCUCUGUGACAUGCUGGGAACUCGCAUGGAACAGGAGGGCGGCAGGGCCCUAACCUCCGAAGCCCGACUCUGUUAUGUAUGCUCAGGGAGUGUGGAGCGGCUGGUGGAGUGCUGGGCAAAAGGCCAGCAGGCCUUGUCCCCCAUGGCUCUGCAGGACCUGAUGGAGAAGGUGAUGGUUCUUAACAGGAGCUUGGAGCUACUGCAGGGUCCUCUUGGGGUGAGCCCAGGCCCUGCCACAACCUACAGGGUCACUCAGUAUGCCAACCUCCUGGCAGCCCAGGGCAGCCUGGCCACGGCCAUGAGCUUUCUCCCCAGUGACUGUGCUCAGCCACCAGUUCAGCAACUAAGAGAUCGGCUUUUUCAUGCCCAAGGUUCUGCUGUUUUGGGCAAACAAUCUCCCCCUUUCCCUUUCCCCCGGAUUGUUGUGGGAGCUACCCGCCACUCUAAAGAGAUAUCAUCUUACGGUUUGGGAUCCCAGCCUUCUCACCAGGUUCCAGCUCCAUCUCCAAGGCCAAGGCUUUUCACCCCUCAGUCGUCACCAGUGAUGCCCUUGACACCAUCCCAUCCUAACCCUUAUCAGGCCCCCAGGACGCAGAAUAUAAGUGACUACAGGGCACCUGGGUCCCAGGCCGUCCAGCCUUUGCCUCUGGGCCCUGGGGUAAGGCCUGCUUCAUCUCAGCCACAGCUAUUAAGAGGGCAAAGGGCACAAGCUCCUAACCCUGUGGGAUUCCCUGGGACAUGGCCCCUUCCUGGUUCCCCUCUACCCAUGGCAUCCCCAGACAUCAUGCAGCCUGGCUCUACCUCCCUGCCUAAGACUCCUAGACUGUUCCCUCUGCUUCCUGUGAGACCACCAGGUCCCAGCCACAUGGCCUCCCACACCCCAGCCCCUCCUGCGAGCUUCCCUGUGUCAACUCCUCCGGGGGUCCCAGGUGCCCCAUGCUCCAGUGUCCUCCCAACCACUGGCGUCAUGACUCCUCACCCAGGACCUCAAGAUUCCUGGAAAGAUGCUCCAGCCUCCAGGGGAAACCUCCAGAGGAACAAGCUGUCAGAGACAUUUAUACCCCCAGCACCAAUUACUGCUCCAGUUAUGAGCCUCUCCCCUGAACUGCGAGGGAUUCUUCCCUCACAGCACCCUGUCUCCGGUGUGAGUCAUGCUCCCCCAAGAGCUCCAGGAGAACGCAGCCUGCAGCAACUUCAGCAGCUGCCCCCUGAGAAAGUGGAGAGGAAGGAGCUGCCUCCAGAGCAUCAGUCCUUGAAGACCAGCUUCGAGGCCCUUCUCCAGCGCUGCUCCCUGUCUGCAACUGACUUAAAGACAAAAAGGAAGCUGGAAGAGGCAGCCAAGCGUCUGGAGUGUCUAUAUGAGAAGCUCUGUGAGGGGACACUCUCACCUCAUGUCGUGGCGGGGCUUCAUCAGGUUGCCCGAUGUGUGGAUGCAGGAAGCUUUGAGCAGGGCCUCGCAGCGCAUGCCCAGGUGGCGGGCUGCAGCAGCUUCAGCGAGGUGUCUAGCUUCAUGCCUAUCCUGAAGGCUGUCCUCACCAUCGCUCAUAAGCUGCAGGUCUAA